CGAGUUAGUUGUCAAUUGUUACGCCGCGGAUCGCGCGUGUCGUCGCUAUAUCCGCGUAAAUACUAAAUAUUAAACUAAUUUAUCGAAAAUAUUCAUUGAUACUAUAAAACUUUUAUUUAUUUUUUAAAUAUUUGUUCUUCCUAAAAGUUUUAUAUAGUUUUUAGUUAUUUUGUAAUCGGAACUUUCAAAAUUCUUUCUGAUUUCGUUACGGUCAAGUGGCUGAGGGUGUUAUAUCAUACAAUUUUCAAAUUUUAUUGGUAGUGAACAUGGACCAGAAUAGUAUAACACCCAAUACAUCAAAUCAGCAGUUGGUGAUAAACGGUGACAAUGAUUCUGCUACCGCGCUCCUGCAAGAGAAGCAGACGAGAAGGAGGGAAACCUUGAGUGAUGUUACUUUCAUAGAAUACAUGACUGUUGGAAUCCUGUGCUUCGUCAACCUCAUCAACUAUAUGGACAGAUUUACAAUAGCAGGUGUGCUCAACGAUGUCAAAAAAGAAUUCAAUAUCAAGGACGACGAUGCCGGCUUGUUGCAAACGGUCUUCGUGGUGGCCUACAUGGUGUUCGCGCCGAUAUUCGGUUACCUGGGCGACAGGUAUUCGAGGCGAGCGAUCAUGGUCUUUGGCGUCGCUCUAUGGAGCAUCACGACGCUGGUCGGUUCUUUUAUACCGAAUUUCGCGGCGUUCGCAUUCUUCAGAGGCUUAGUGGGUAUAGGUGAAGCCUCAUACUCAACAAUAGCGCCGACCAUUAUAAGCGAUCUGUUCGUCGGAAAUGUGCGCUCCAAGAUGCUCGCAUUUUUCUACUUCGCCAUACCAGUUGGAAGUGGGUUCGGUUACAUCGUGGGUUCGGUCGCCGGGGCGGCGGCGGGCGACUGGCGCUGGGGGCUUCGCGUGACCCCCUUCCUUGGGGCUGUAGCCGUGUUCCUGAUCGCUUUCGUAAUGCAGAACCCGGAGAGGGGUCAAGCGGAGGAUAGCCGGAUGAAGCCCACCACGUACAAGGAUGACCUGCGAUCCUUGGUUAAAAAUCCAUCUUUCAUGCUGUCAACGCUAGCGUUCACCUGCGUGGCCUUUGUAACGGGAGCACUCGCUUGGUGGGGACCGCAGUUCAUCUACCUAGGUCUGACGCUGCAGCCCGGCGUCAACAUCACACUAGAGAGGGUGUCGCUCACGUUCGGCGCGGUGACCAUGGCGGCGGGCGCGGCGGGCGUGCCGCUGGGCGCGUGGCUGGGCACGGCGCUGGGCAAGCGCUACCCGCGCGCGCACCCCGUCAUCUGCGGCGCGGGGCUGCUGGUCUCGGCGCCGGCGAUGGCGCUCGCGAUCCUGCUCUGCGACGGGUACUACUACGCGUCGUUCGCGCUCAUGUUCAUCGCGGAGACCGCGCUCAACCUCAACUGGGCGAUCGUGGCCGACAUGUCGCUGUAUGUUGUGAUUCCACCCCGUCGUUCCACCGCGGAAGCGUUCCAGAUCCUAAUAUCGCACAUGUUCGGUGACGCUGGCAGUCCCUAUUUAGUUGGUGUGAUAUCGGAGGCGCUGAAGCGGUCGCUGGGGGGCGCGGGCGCGGGCGCGGGCGAGGCGCCGAGCUCGGGCGCGCAGUUCCGCGCGCUGCAGUACGCGCUGUUCGUCACGUGCUUCGUCGAGGUCAUCGGCGGCGUGUUCUUCCUGCUCACCGCGCUCUACAUCGUGCGGGACAAGCUCAAGGUGGACAGGGCCAUUGCCGUUACUUCAAAAAUUAUGUAGAAGCCGAAACCCAAAACGCCGAACCGUCCCACAGCAACGCGCAAGAUGAAGCUAUAGGCGGAGAAUAGGAUAUUUACAGUCAAUUUAGAGCAAAUAGAUCUGUGAGAGCCUAAACUUUCACUAAGCUGCGUUUCAAUUUCAUAUAGAACUGUUAACAUGUGUGCAUCAUAUGUGGCCAACAGCUUUUGUAGCAUUGGAACGGGAAAAGACUGAUUAAGUAUGCACAGCGGUUAGUUUGGGUUAUGUAAAGAGUGAUAUAGUUUAGUGAACAAAUUUCGUGUAAGUUAUCCAAAUUAGGCAUCACAAUACGGAACACAUGUGCCUACGCUUAGACUCUCCCAAGUCCUGAGGACACCGAUUGCACCUCAGCUAAGUACAUAUAUUUAUUUGCCAAUGUAUUAUUACCUCAAGCACUUGUUACACAAGAAUAUAAAGGUUUAUUUAUUUUUGUUUUAUCCUGAUUAUUAUAUGCAAUGUAGAGUAACGGAUCAAUGCAAAAUUUGGUAUUAUAAUGUUGUUGUAUUCAUGCAGUUUAACGGUUUGUAGCAAAGACCUUACAGGACUUAAUGUACUCAAAACGUUUGAAUGUUACCUGAUGUAUUAUUUAUGAGGGUGGUCACACUGAUUUAGUUAGUAUGAAACCAAUUUGAUCUUUUAAUUUAAUAGUGUUAUCAUUUUCUAGCUUACCUAGUUUGAUUCCUAAUUAUGUGGCAUGAAGUGUAGUUUGUUUGUACAAGAAUUAUUUUGUUAUUGUAUAAGGGGUCAUUCACGAGUAGGUUAGUAGUUAUUGUACAUCAAUGUGAAAUCACCCUUAUGAGUGAUUUUAUCGUAUGAAAGUAUUUUUUCAACAUAAAUUGAGUGGUAGUAGUUUAUUCAAUUAUUUAUUUCUAAUUAAUUUCAUGCAUUUAAGUGUGAGAGAUCUGUGUCACGAAUUUGGAUAUUUCGGUAUUUAACUCUCAAUUUCAAUUUGUUUCUUUGAACUUAACUUCUUUAAUAUUUUAUUUUCCCGUUUUUAAUUAAUGAAGUUUUCCGUAUCUAACUGCUUUUUUAUCCAUAUCUAUUUUUUACCUUCAACGAAACUUCAUUUUUACUUUAUUUUAUUUUCCCAUAUUUAUUUAUUGAAAAAUGUUUAUCUUGAAUUAAAGACGUAUGCAAGUUCGUGCCACGGGUGUGUAUUCGGUGUGUUACUUAUAUUGUGUAACCUAGUAAGGUAUUGUGGAUGAUUGCAAAGUUAAACUGUAAUGAAUAUCAAU